GUGAAAUUUUAUUAUUUUUAAUUUUUAUUAUAUUUUAUUUGAUUUUCAUUGAUUGUUAUUGACAAAAUGAAAAUAAUAGAAUAUUACUUGAGUUUAUUAGCAUUUAUUUUAUUAAAUAUAACUAUUGUUUCAAUUCAUUCAUUGGAAACGUUAACAAGUGUUUCAUCACUUGAUUAUGAAGAAGAAAAGUGGUUUUGGAAUAAAGAGGAAUAUCCCAACCCUUACGAACAGCCACCAUAUUGUCAAAGGACAAAGCCUUCGUAUAUCUGUGAUCCUGAUCAAUUGCUCACCAAACAAGAAGGGAUUAGAGAAAAUAAUUACAACAUUAAGAAAUAUAUUGCAAAAGAAUAUUCAGUAUUCGGUGGCUCUUGAAGAAGACAAUUUGAUCGAAGAAGAAGCGCCCGAAGAAGAAGUUGAAGAGACUUCACAUACGGGUCUAAUUGUGGGACUAAUUAUCGGACUUCUGGUAUUCAUUGGUUUCAUAGUUUUCCUAUUGUUUUAUCUUCGGAGGAGAUUCAGUGAAGACGGGACCAAAUUUCAAUUCAAAGGAAUGCUGAGUAGAGGCUAUUGGCUCGACAAAAACGAGAGGUUCAGACCCGUGAGUGUGAAUCCACUGAAUACAGGCGCUGGUGGUGUGUACGAGCCCUGCAGUAUUGAAGAGCCCAAUCACGGGCACAAUGAUGUGGACAAAAGAUUACGAGAGAAGUUGAGCCAAAUUAGCGACGGAUCGGGCGAUGAAGAAGAGAUGCAAGUGAUUGAACACAUCCCUCAUUCAGAUGCAGUCAAUAGCGCUGACUCUGUCUCUCAUCCAACAGCACAUGUGAGCGCACCGUCCGUUCCCACAUAACCUACCAGUGCCUCGAAUAACGCCA